AUGAGCGGAAGAGACAGCGCCUACGAGUUGAACCUGUGCAAGUUGAUUAUUCGAUUCCAAGGAAAUCCUGCUGUAAGAAGUUGGCACACCGAUUCUCCGAUGUCUCUCAAUCAGUUGGCGAAGCACAGCUAUCAGCCGUUCUUAAUCAUGUUUAGCAUUCCUGCGGUCUUCUUUAUGGCCUUGGAAUAUGGCUUCAUGACUGCCUGCACGACGGUGCCGGUGACCACACACUCCUCGGUCAUGACCUUGCCCCCUUACAAUUCCGGCUCAGCCCAAAUUGGAUUAAUGGGACUUCCGCCAUUCAUUGGGACUAGCCUGGGGACUAUCAUAUGUAGUCCAUUGAGUGAUUCGAUUGCUCUUCAGCUUCCGAAGAGAAACGGUAGGGUUUUUGAGCCUGAGAUGUGCCUCUGGCUCUGCUCAGUGUUCCUCCCUCUGGUUCCAGCAGGCCUAUUCAUGUUUGGAAUUGGUUUAUAUAACGGUUCUCAUUGGCUUCUGCCCGCGUUUGGACUUGGCAUCAAUGCUUUUGGUGUUGUCCCAGCGAGCAGUGCUGCGCUUAUUUAUCUCACCGAUGCAUAUACAGAUCAUUUUAUCAGGAGAUCUAGCGAGUUCAUCUCGAUCAUUAACAGUGUUCUGCAGAUAAUCGCGGACUCAGUCGUCGGGGUUACAUUUAUUCGCAAUCUGAUUUCUACAAUCUUUGUUUUUGCCCUGUCAGCAUGGGUUGCUCGUGUUGGGCUGACUUGGUUUUACGUGACCUUCGGCUUGAUUGUCAUGCUGAUCAUGCUUGGCAACAUCAUUUUCAUUUACUUUGGCAAGGCCUUCAGAGUUCGUGUUGCCGGCAGGUAUCGCUAUUUCAGUGCGCAGAAAUGGGGCGCAGAUACGCUGAGAAACCAACACCUCGUUAAUAGUAGCUGA